AUGCAGUUAGCCAAGAAUUUAUUUCAGAACAUGUCGAUGUUUGACCCCACUGCUAAGACUGAUCGUCAGCCUCCUCCAAUGCCCGACACCGUCGGUGUGGAGUAUCCGAGAGCUGCUAGUUGGGCAUCGGGCUCGUGUGCUGCUGUUUUGAAAGACGAAAAAGGGUGCCAGCUUUUCCGUUGUUUCCUAUACGAAGCGUUAGCUGAAGAGAAUCUUUCGUUUGUGGAAGCUGUGGAUAAACUCAAAAAAAUGAAGAACACCGAUGAGAAGAAGACAUACGCCAAGGAGAUUGUGCAGCUCUACUCACCUUAUAUUAACCUGAGCAGCGGCGCAAUGAAGUCGCUGAAAGAUGCUGUGGAGUCCGAGAAUGUAGAUGCCGAAGGUUUUGCUGCAGCUGUGAAAGAGGUUGGCCGUCAUCACUUCCGUCUUUUCUUGCGUGGUAUCCACGCCGAAGAAAACUUGCGAUUCUGGGAAGCCGUAGUGGAAUUCCGUGGACAAAAGAAUAAGAGCCCAGCACAACUGACUGCUGGUAAAACCUGUCUAAACACUUUUCUAGCGGAAGGUGCCAAUAACGAGGUAAGAAAGACUUGGGAGUGUUUUGUCAAAAAUCAAAACCUGGUUGAAAUGUGCUUAUGGGUUAACGGUAGAUUGAAUAAAUGUUGA